GAGUACCAAUGUUACCUAUACCAGAACAACACACACACUAAACGAUCUCACUACACCAAAGAAGAAGAGGAGAGAGAAGGAGAAGCCUCAAAGGUGGGAGAAGUAAGAAGGAUGAACAACAACAUUUGAACCAACACCAGCAAAGUUGAUGCUUCUUUGCUCCAUUUUCCUACUCCCUUAAACACUGAAAACAUCUACCAUAAUUUCAAUUCACAUUCAAUCCAAAACCCUGGAUUUUCUUCUUCUUCCUGAUUAAAUCUUGCGCGAUCACCGCAUGAUUCCUUCUUCUUCAUCCUCAGAUCAAUCAUGGCGAAUUACUUAGCGCAGUUCCAAGCUAUCAAAAACACCUGCGAUCAUCUCGUCAUUGCUGUCGAAGACGUGAGUGAUUUGUGGCCAAAUGUCAAAAAUUUAUUUGAAGAGCGGCUUCCAUUCAAAAAGGCUUGUCUAAAUAACAAGACUCGAAAUCCUGUGUUUCUGGAGAAACUGCCAGCUGAAUAUAUAUUGACCACAGAUUCAAGGCUUCGCAGCCGCUUCCCACAGGAGCAGUCACUAUUUUGGUUUCGGGAGCAGUAUGCUACUGUGGUACUUGUUACAUGUGAGGACCUUGAUGAGUUUAAAUCCAUCCUCAAACCUAGAGUGAAAUUGUUAACACAAAAUGAUGAGAAGGAGUGGUUCAUUGUGUUUGUGAAUAGAGCUCAUCCCACCAAUGAUCAAGCUACCAAGAUGGCGAAAAGGGUAUAUGCCAAGGUGGAAGUGGAAUUCAGCUCAAAAAAGAGAGAAAGGUGUUGCAAACUAGACUUACAUGGACCAGAAGCAAAUUUUUGGGAGGACUUUGAGUCUAAGAUCAUGGAGUGUAUUCGUAAUACAUUGGAUAGGCGAGUUCAGUUUUACGAGGAAGAGAUUCGGAAGCUGAGCGAGCAACGAUUUAUGCCAAUCUGGAACUUUUGUAACUUCUUUAUACUAAAGGAAAGCUUGGCUUUUAUGUUUGAGAUGGCUCAUCUUCAUGAAGAUUCAUUACGCGAGUAUGAUGAGCUUGAACUUUGUUAUUUGGAAACAGUAAAUGUGAGUGGAAAGAGAAAGGAGUUUGGUGGAAUGGACCAAGGUGAUGAUCGAGCUGCACUGCUAAAUCCUGGAAUCAAACCACUGGCACAAAUAGUACAGGAUGAUUCUUUCAGAGAGUUUGAAUUCCGUCAGUAUCUGUUUGCAUGUCAAGCAAAGCUUCUCUUCAAGUUAAGUCGUCCUUUCGAGGUAGCAUCUAGGGGCUAUUCAUUCAUCAUAAGCUUCUCUAAGGCACUGGCACUCUAUGAGAGCAUGUUGCCAUUCUGUUUGCGUGAGGUGUGGGUAAUAACUGCUUGCUUGGCUUUGCUCAAUGCCACUGCUGCAAACUACAAAGAUGGACUAGUAGCCCCUGAUGUAGAAAAGGAGUUCUACCGACUUCAGGGUGAUCUCUUUUCAUUGUGCCGGGUCAAGUUUAUGAGGCUUGCGUACUUAGUAGGAUAUGGGACAGAUAUUGAGAGAAGUCCUGCAAAUAGUGCUUCCCUCAGCAUGCUGCCAUGGCCCAAACCAGCAGUUUGGCCUUUGGUUCCACCUGAUGCUGCUUCAGAAGUUCUAGAGAAAGAAAAGAUGAUUCUUCAAUCAGGUCAAAAAGUGAAGCAUUUUGGUAUUCAAAGGAAGCAAUUGCCUAUUGAGCCCUGUGUUCUUCUCCGUGAAGCUAAUAGAAGGAGGGCUUCUCUAUCUGCUGGAAAUAUGUUUGAAAUGUUUGGCACACAGCUUAAUUUGAAUGAAGGCUUAGAUGUUUCAGGAGGUGCAAGCCCUCCUAGCAAAACACCUGCACCAUCCAUGUCACGUAAUUAUUUGACUCCAGGAAACUUUGAAGGCUCUAUUGAUAGACCUAUGAGGUUGGCAGAAAUCCAUGUUGCUGCUGAACAUGCCUUGCGAAAAACAAUCUCUGAUCCCGAUCUAUGGAAAUCUCUAUCAUCUAUUGAGGAUUUUGAGCAAAAGUACUUGGAACUAACAAAGGGAGCUGCCGAAAAUUACCAUCUUUCCUGGUGGAGAAGACAUGGAGUUGUCCUUGAUGGUGAAAUUGCUGCUGUGUGUCAUAAACAUGGAAAGUAUGACCUAGCCGCAAAUUCAUAUGAGAAGGUUUGUGCUCUUUAUGCCGGUGAAGGUUGGCAAGAUCUUUUGGCUGAAGUGCUUCCAAACUUGGCCGAGUGUCAAAAGAUUCUCAAGGAUGAAGCUGGUUAUUUGCAAUCUUGUAUAAGGCUAUUGUCUCUGGAUAAAAGCCUCUUCUCAACCAAAGAAAGACAAGCAUUUCAGGCAGAAGUCAUUGGCCUUGCACAUAGUGAAAUGAAGCACCCAGUUCCACUUGAUGUGUCAUCUUUAAUUACGUUUUCUGGGAAUGCUGGGAGACCAUUGCAGCUAUGUGAUGGUGAUCCUGGUACUUUGUCGGUGACUGUGUGGAGUGGCUUUCCAGAUGACAUUACCCUAGAAUCACUAAAUCUUACUCUGAUGGAAACUCACAAUGCUGAUGAAGGUGCUAAGGCUACAAGUAUCUCUUCCGAGACAAUAUUGAAGCCUGGAAGGAACACUAUUACACUUACCCUGCCGCCACAAAAACCAGGUUCAUAUGUCUUAGGAGUCCUUACUGGUCAGAUUGGACACUUGAGAUUUAGAUCUCAUAGUUUCUCCAAAGGUGCUCCUGCAGAUAGUGAUGAUUUCAUGAGUUAUGAAAAGCCAACUAGACCUAUCUUAAAGGUAUUCAAACCCAGAGCUCUGGUUGAUCUUACUCCUGCUGUUUCAUCACCUCUGCUGAUAAAUGAAGUACAGUGGGUUGGAAUAAUAGUAAGACCAAUAGAUUACCCCCUUAAAGGGGGUGUCUUGCACAUUGACACUGGCCCAGGUUUAGAAGUUGAAGAAUCUCAUGUUAUUGAAAUGGAUAGAUACACAACUGCUCAUAAAAGUAUACCUGACAUGGGAUACUCUGGGGAACAAAAUUCUCCAUCCUCUCUUGUCAAAGAUGUUACACAAUUAAACCUGCAGGAUGGCAAGAUUCAGUUGCCUGACUGGGCAAGUGAUCUAACUUCUGUCUUGUGGAUUCCAGUUCGUGCUGUAAGUGAUGGAAUUACCAGAGCGGCAUCGCAGAGGCUGAGCAUUGUGGAUAUGAUGAGGACAAUGGCUCUUAAACUUGAAUUCGGAAUGUCCCACAACCAAACGUUUGAUAGGACUCUGGCUGUCCAUUUUACUGAUCCCUUUCAUGUGAGCACACGUGUCAUUGACAAAUGCAAUGAUGGUACUCUGCUUCUCCAGGUUACUCUGCACUCACAAGUUAAGGCUACUUUGAGUGUUCAUGAUGCUUGGCUGGAUCUUCAAGAUGGAUUCGUCCACAACUGUCAGAAUAAUGGGCGACCAGCUUCAGCUUUCUUUCCUCUCACUGUUUCUCCUUCUUCAAAAGCUAGCAUGUUGUUCAGCAUAUGCUUUGGUUCCGUGAAUGUCGAAGGUGAUACUGGGGCAUCCGGUGCAGAAAGUAUAUUAAAUAUUAGUUAUAAAAUUAAUGGAGAUAGAACCAUGGGAGCACACAUGCCUGUCAUAAUCAAGUCUUCCGCAACUGACAGUGUAGGACAGGAUUUGAUCUUUAAAAGUGCUCUUGUUUUACAAAGACCUGUGUUGGACCCAUGCCUGGCAGUUGGCUUUCUCCCAUUUCCAUCAGAUAGCCUUAGGGUUGGCCAGCUUGUUACUGUGAAUUGGAGGAUUGAGAGGUUAAAGGAUGCAGAAGACAUGGUUCCUAAAAGCAAUCAGGAGGAAGUAUUAUACGAAGUUGAUGCGAAUUCAGAAAACUGGAUGAUUGCUGGCAGAAAGCGUGGGCAUAUCUCUCUCUCUACUAAGCAAGGCUCAAGAAUUAUCAUCUCAAUCUUGUGCAUACCCUUAGUGGCUGGGUAUGUACGCCCCCCUCAUCUUGGGUUGCCAGAUAUUGACGAGGCAAAUAUAAGUAGUAAUCCACCUGCACCGCAUUUGGUCUGUGUCUUCCCUCCUGCUCUAAGCUCCUCAUACUGUAUCCCAGCGUAACUAUUCAAAGGGUGUUUAUCUUUGUACUAUUGAUUGAUUUUUGUAGUUUAAAUCAGUAGAUUGUAAUUCUUUCACAGCAGUAUUGAUCACUAGGCACUAGAAAAUUUUCAGCAUUGUGAGUACCCUGUCUGUACAAUCUGUAAUUACCACCACAUACUAGGAUGAGGAACAUUUUUGUAACUUGCAUUGUAAUCUCUCUUUAAGUCAGUUUUAAAGAAGCAAGGGGAUAUUUUUAUUUUUUUU